AUGUCAUCUACAGGUGCUAUAAAAGAUGAAUCUGAAGAUAAUGGAAACCUUUCUGAUGGGGGUGUUGAAUCGAACCAGGAGCUUGAGUCAGUGGAAGGACAAGAUCAGGUGAUAGAGAUGUAUAUGAAUGAGGAAGCCAGUGAACUUAAGAAAGAAAUAGAAGAACUAGAGCAUUUAUUGCAGGAUGAAGAGAAAUGUAGAGCUGCAAUCGCGAAGCUGAACCCCAACAAUAACAGGAGCCACGAAAGAAUAUUGGAAAUUAGUAAUAGGGUUAUGAACACUAGUAGGAGGGCAGGCAGUUUGUGCUUGAAUGAGCACAAAGGACGUGAAGGUCAAAUUCACAAUCAGAACAUGAAUAGGAUAACCCAUUUCCGACGAGUUUACAGACAUUUGAAAUUUGGACAAGUGGUGAUUAGUUCACAAGACUUAAAAGCUAACCAUUCGAUUCAGCAACAUGUGGAUAUUGUUACUCAGAAUCAAAAGUACAACAAAUUGGUGAAACUGUUGGAUGACAUCAUGGAUGGGAGUAGAACUCUAAUUUUUAUGGACAUGAAGAAAGGGUGUGACCAAAUCACCCGCCAGCUCAGAAUGGACGGGUGGCCCGCAUAUCAAUCCAUGGAGAUAAAAGUCAAGCAAAAAGAGAUUAGGAUUGGGAGAACAGGAAGAGUCAGGGCUAAAGGGACAGCAUACACUUUCUUUACAGCAACAAAUGCUCGGUUUGCUAAGGAACUUAUUGCCAUACUUCAGGAGGCCGGUCAGAAAGUCAACCCUGAUUUAGCGGCAAUAGGGCGAGGUGCACCUCCUCCACCCUCAGGUUCGUUUGGCCAGGAUAAGUUGGAUAAGGAACUAAAGUUUACAGCUUAUUCCAUGUGGCGGUGGACAAUACUGAGACAACUUGUAAUGUUGAUGAUAGCCAAAGCUGAACCCCAACACAGUACUUUGAUGGAACUUGUUCGUGUUCUUGCUCUAUCAUUUUCAAAUGAUGGAAAAUGUGUUAAGGUUUUUGUUCAAGGAUCCAUGGGAGAAGGAGCACUUGCAGGAAUGCCAUUACAGCUAGCUUGCAGGAACAAGAAAGAUUUUGGAGUACAUGGACUAGGAUCCCAAAUUGGUAUGGCAUUUUGGAUCCCCUUCAAAGGUGUCUCAAGACUAAGCUUAGAGCAAUGGUUGCAAGAGAUGAGUUCAAAAGAAGAAGAAACAAGGCUACAACUAUAG